AUGCUUGCCAAUGCCUUUUUUGUCUACACUACGUUCCAAACCGUUGAUUCAGGCGGCCGGUUUUUGGAUGCGACCCUAAAAACCGGGAAGACGACAACUCUUGAUGCCUCCAUCGAGUCCCAGUUCGUCAAACUGCACUUUCAAAUGGGCUUCAGAGUACAGCCUAGCCAAAUACACAUGACAAGUGGGCAUGUCAAAAAAUUCUGCUCUCCUUCAAGUGAGUUGAAGUUGUUUUCGAAGAGUCAGAAUUCGCGAGCAUCAAGUGCAUCUGAAUCAGCUGUUGGCGCCGUGAACGAGAGAAUUGUGCCAACAGUGAAGCCGAACUCCACGUUGUCAAGAGCUACCGGGACCGCAGACGAGUCUCAGAAUGCCUCGCGUCCGGACCAUGGAAAUGUUGUCCACCAGAGGGUGGGCCAAUCGCCCAACGGAAGAGGAUAUUCUCGGACAGUUGGAGUGAAUAAAAAGUCGCCAAAACGGAGGAUGACAGACAAAUACUGUUUGGCAUUUGGCCGAUAG